AUGGACCGCUCCGUGCGGGUCUGGGACCUCAACUCCCUGGCGAUGCUGGCCAGCCUCGAGCAGGCGCACCUGAGCGGCAUCUUCCGGCUGAGAAAGCUGGACGCAGGUGACUCCUUCAUCACGGCCAGCCGAGACCGCACGAUGAAGGUGUGGCUUUCAUCCACCUGGCAGGCGCGAAGGACCUUGGCGCCGCCCCACUACGACGGGGUCUCCGACGUGGCGGUGGCUGUGAAAAAGGGCUGCUUCUUCUCCGCGAGCCGCGAUAGGUCUAUCCGACGCUGGGACAGCAGAAGUCUGGAGAGCGACCUGCAGCUUCCGCAUGCUCAAGGCGACUGGCUCACCGCGCUGGCGCUCUCGGUGUCGGAGGAGGUCCUUUUUAGCGGUGGAAAGGACUCCAUCAUCAAGGUCUGGGACUGCGGCCUGCGAUGCAAGGACGUGUUGCAGGGCCAUCGCGGCCCCAUAUCCGACCUGCUGACGAUCGACACUCACCUCUUCUCGGCUUCCCACGACCGCACGGUGCGGGUGUGGAAGAUCGAUCAGUUCGAGCCACUUGCCAGAAUGGUGAAUCGAUAG